ACCAACUGACAUGAACGUCAAACAAAAUAAUUUUUGUAAUGUAAAUAAACAUUUGCCAUUAAACAUUCAAAUUUAUCUUUUUAUAUAUAUUAUAAUCAACGAAUUUGCCAUCAAAUGGCAUCAGUGAAAGUUCCAGAACAAAAAGUAAUAUUAUGUGGCGAAUACGGUGUUGGGAAAAGCUCAAUUUUCAGAAGAUUCAUUAACAAUACUUUUGUAGCUAGUACAGAUAGAAAAUCCACAUUGGGUCUAGACCAUUACUCCAAAUUAUUUAAUGCUUGUGAUCGAGACAUAAAGUUACAACUUUGGGAUACAGGAGGAAUGGAAAGAGUGGCAUCAAUAACAUCAAGUUACUAUAAGUUUGCAGAAGCUGCAAUACUAGUUUUCUCACUAGACAAUCCUGCAUCAUUCCACAUUUUAUCUCAACAUCUGUUGGACAUAGUGACUUAUGCAGAAAAUGCCAAAAUUUUCCUAUGUGGGAACAAAUUAGAUACUGUCAGCGAAGUAGCUCAAGUAACGGAUGCAGAAAUUGAAGCAUUCUGUGAACAAUGUCAUAAUUUGAUCUCAGGUAUAUACAAAACAUCCUGUAAGACUGGGGAAGGGAUUGAGGACAUGUUUAUUGACAUAGCCUACCAACUGAUUAGCUCCAAUAAAUCUAAGAUAGAAUUGCAAACUAUGGAGCAGCAUGGCUUCAAAAUCACCCAAUAUGAAGAUGAAGAGCCAAAAGAUGAUAAUUGUUUAUGUUAACUUGUAUUUUGCGUUCACUGUACUAGCCCAACCUUUUACAAGUAUCUAUUAUAAUGAUGAAUUACUCAAAAAUUUAAAAAAUGAAGUGCAAAAGGUCUUCCAUAAUGUACAUACUUUCCAUUAUUCCAUUGACUUCUUUUUACAAAAGAAGUGGGUAUCAAAGGGUUCAACAUUUUCUUGACUUGCACUGAUUUUCUUUAGCUACCUUUGAUAUUUUCUAAAGAUGAUAGUUAUUUUGUAUAUUUUACCUUUUAAUUCAUUGGUUGGGAGGUAUCUUCAAUAAUUCAACUAACAAUGAAACUUACAAAGACUUGUUUUAGAGUGAUGUUUGAUCAGACUUAUGAUGUUAAGAUGUAAAUAAUGAUUUUAUUGUUAUUUAUGAAAGAUCAAUGUAUUAUUAUCAGCUUGUUAUAUUAUUGUAAGCUUAUUGUUCUGAUCCUUUAUUUAUUAAUCAGUUCCUGUAACUUUAAACUUGUUUUAAAACAUGUAUAUAACACACAGUGCAGCUGCUAGUUGGAACAGAAUUAGAACACUUUUUUUAAUUUCACAAGCUAUACAGGAAAAUGAAUAUCAAUUGACAGCUUGAAUAACAUUGUGAUUAUUAAUUUGUGUAGUGUUAAGUUUAAAAAUAAAUUGUUUUGCCAGUUUUAGCAAGUACACCUUUUUUAUCACUCAAAUUUUUGCACAAGGUGACUACAGUGCCAGAGACAAAAAAGCUUUGAGGUUUUAAAAAUUGGUUCAGAGGCGACUGAGUAAAAAUAUAUAUAAUAGAUAUUUUUGAGUUUGAUAUACUUGGAAAUUUGUAAUGACCAUUUUUGUUUUUCAGUUCAUUUUAGGAAAAUAAAAUGUCCAUAUUUAAAAAAAUUAAAUGAAUGUAUAUCAAUGUGUGGGAAGAUAAUCUAAUUGACUCCACAUCUUGCAAAUAAAAGUCUG